AUGUUCCAGGCUGCCACAAGGCGCGCCGGCGCCAACGCCUCAACCAUCCUCCGAGCACAGCGUUCAACGACGACUCGGUCAAUAUGUAGCCAUACCGCACGCCCAACACUCCGAUCGACUGUUCACAAUAACAAUAUACUCCGAAACUCGCGGAUCUCCGGCCCGCGCUAUGCCUCUUUUUGGCAGCGCGUUCGCAUGGGCUACCGGGAAGCAGGGAAAGGUAUUUUCCGCAAGAACCCGAUUCUCCUCCCAAUUGCUUUCAUCUCCAUCAUCGGUGCAAUUUCUCUCUUUAGCUAUGCAACCUACGUCGAAGUCAUGAAGAAUGUUCCGCAGUAUACCAAAUUUCCGAAGAACGUGGCCGAUGCCUUGCGCAAGGCAAUCUACUACACGGAUAUCGAUUUGAAUGCACCGAAGGCCUUGCAUGCAUACAAGACUGCGCUCAAGCUGGCAAUUGAAGAGGGAAUGCACCCUUUUUCGGACGAGGUGCUGGGUCUGAAGAUCCAGGUUGCGGCGAUGCUGGAGAAGGCUGGGCUCGUGAAGCAGGCGACCGAGGUGCUGGAGCGGACAAAGAAUGAGGCAUUGGCUUGGGUAGAGGAUGGUCAGAAGAUGGAGGCUCCUACUGCUGAGAAGACAGUAUCAACAGAGGCACAGCCGUCCGCUGCAAAGGUUCCCGCGGAUAAUGUGCAGGUCAAUGUGGAGGCAAUGCAGGAUGCGGAGAAGGCUAUGAAGGAGCUGCAGGAAUACGAGACGCGGCAGCGGGACCGUGCCUUGAAGAAGGUUAUUGGUAUCGAGAUGAAGCUCGCAGAGCUAUACUCGAGCGACUAUAUUCAAGAUGACAAGAAGGCCGAGGCAGCGCAGGUUGCUGCUGUCGAGCACUGUCUCAAGGAGAUGCAUCGACGUCAAAGGCUUGGUUUGCCCGUUGGGACAAGUACCGGCGAGGGAUCAGACGAUUCAUGGUUGAACUUGACCGAGAUCGCUACGGCUCUGACCGACCUUGCGACGAUCUAUACGGCGAAAGAGCGCCACGAACUCGCCAUGCCGCUCUAUCUCCGCGCAUUGGAUAUGAUUCGUGCAGAGGAGGGAGAUACCCCCUCAUGCAAGCAGGUAGUCCUGCUGAACAGUGUUGCUAGUACAAUGGCUGGUCAGGUUCAGCUGGCAGCACCCCGUGCUCAACAGAAGCAUGGUGUCUCUCAAGAGCAAACUGUCGAGGCAGCUCGGAAAUGGGCGCAAAAAGCGAUUGAUGUCGCCGCGCAUAUCAAGCCACCGGUUCGCGAUGAGGAGUGUGAUAUCAGUUGCGUCGCAGCUACGUACAAUCUGGGCGAACUCGCUGAGCUGCAGAAGAAGCCCGAUGUUGCAAUUGCGCGCUAUACUGAGGCCAAGUCUCUUGCGAAAAGCCUGGGCUAUGAUGAUAUUGUUUCCAUGACGGAUGAUGCCUUGAAGAGACUGAAGAAACAUAUGGUAUAA